AGUCGUGCAGUUUACUAUUAACACUACACAGUCCACCGUUUCGAUCCCCACAGCUGACAUAUAUCACAAAAUAAGCGCACUGAGGAAUAAAAACGUAAACAUAGCUAAAGGUUGAACUGCCCUUCUCAAGCAAUACCGGACGAUAUUUUGUUUUCUGCAGAGAUAUUGUCCAGACGCCAAGGAUAUUGCACCAGAUUGAUGGAGAAGAAUGGCCUACAUCUCGAUGGACUGCCCCAGCUCUUUACCAGGGAUUCCUCAAAGUGUGCUGUCAGUGCCCAUGGAGAAUAAGUACAAAUGUCAGCAGUGUCACCAGGUCCUGAGGAAGCCUGUCCAAGCACAGUGCGGACACCGCUUCUGUGUACACUGCUUCAAGCAGCUCACCAGUUCUGGCCCAAAGCCUUGUGAAGCCUGCCGCGAAGAGGAGAUAUACGAAGAACCUUUUUCGAUUCUAAAUAGUAAUGAGGCAUUUCCAGACAAUGCUGCAGGCCGAGAAAUAGCAAGCCUGCCUGCCAGGUGUCUGAACGAGGGCUGUGAUUGGACAGGCUCAAUAAAAGAGUAUGAGGCUCAGCAUGAAGGCCGUUGUGAACUUGAGCGGAUAAAGUGCGAGGCCUGCAGUAACACGAUCCUUCGCUCGGAGAAGGACAGACACAAUGAGAGAGAAUGUGAAGAAAGGACGCUCAACUGCAAAUACUGCAAAAUAUCCUUCAACUUUAAAGAGAUCAAGGCCCAUGAUGAGAUCUGUCCAAAGUUCCCCUUACAAUGCAAAGACUGUGGCAAGAAGAAGAUACCAAGAGAAAAGUUCAGUGACCACAGCAAAUCUUGUGCUAAGUCAAAGAGUGCCUGUCCCUUCAGUGAUGUGGGCUGUAAACAUGUGAUAGAGAACGGGAAGCAGAGCGACCAUGAGCACAGCAGCACCAUGGAGCACUUGCGUCUGCUGCUGCCCAUGGUGCUGUCCUUGGCUGGGCCGCUCGCCGAUGCUUCUGGUCCCGGAGAGUGGCAGGAGGACUCUGGUCUGGGCCUGUACAGGGCCCCUGAGGAGGGGGUCAGUAUGGGGUCUGGAGCUGCAGCCUCCAUGCAGUCUGUGGACCUAGAAAAAAAGGUAAAAGCGUUGGAAAACAUUGUGUGUGUCCUGAACCGAGAGGUGGAGCGCAGUUCAGUUACGUUGGAGGCUUUCGCGCAUCAGCAUCGAUUAGACCAGGACAAAAUAGAAAAUCUCUCCAGUAAAGUGCGUCAGCUAGAACGGACAAUCGACAUGAGGGACUUGAAGCUGUCUGAAACUGAGCAACUGGUGCGUGAACUCCAGUUCUGCACCUACGACGGGAUCUUUGUGUGGAAAAUCUCCGACUUCUCACGCCGCAGACAGGAUGCGGUGGCCAGUCGAACACCUGCAAUGUUCUCUCCAGCAUUUUAUUCCAGCAAAUACGGCUACAAAAUGUGUCUGAGGCUAUAUUUGAAUGGCGAUGGGACGGGUCGAGGAACUCACCUUUCGCUGUUCUUUGUCGUCAUGAGGGGAAAGUGCGACGCUCUGCUCAAAUGGCCAUUCAGUCAGAAGGUGACGCUGAUGCUCUUGGAUCAGAACAACAGGGAGCACAUCAUCGAUGCCUUCCGCCCAGAUGUCACCUCCACCUCUUUUCAGCGGCCGAUCAGCGAGAUGAACAUCGCCAGCGGCUGCCCGCUCUUCUGUCCGCUCGCCAGACUCGCUGGCAAGAGCCCAUAUCUGAGGGAUGAUACCAUUUUUAUCAAAGCCAUUGUAGACCUCACAGGCUUGUAGGGUGUACUGUGGAAGCUACACCAAGACAAACUGAGACAACAAGACAGAAAUAAAAUGUUAGGAACAUAAUAGAAUAUAUAUUUACAUAAUAUCAUAUAAAUAUACACUGUAUCUAAGACAUGACAUUUUAUAUCUAAACUAUAUAUAUUAAGAAUGCCAUCAGUGGUCCCUUUAAGACGGAGGUAUAAGGGUGAGUUAAAGAAUUACGGUAGUGAAACUGUAGUGGUUUAAGUAUCUAUUUUUGUAGAGCAACUCAUUUUUUGUAAGCAUCAAGGAUGCAGGCACUAGUGUGUCAUACAUGGAUACAUACAUAUAUACCCUCAUGAUUUAUAUAUAUAAAUAUCACGAGUUAAGAAACGGCAGUUCCUUGAUCCAGUAAGAGACAAAUAUUUAUUUUAUAAUAAAGAAGCCUCCAUCAUCUUAAUGGGACCCUGUUGGCAUUUUAGUAAAAGCUCAUAACUUAUAACACAUAUGCUCAGUAAAAACCGUAUUUAUGGUAUAUACUGUUAUAAUACUCCAUACUCCAAUCUACAAUAUGUUGUUCUCUAAACCUAGGUGCAAUCGGUCGCUCUGACAAACAAAUAAAGACAAAUAAUACACGCCACCUGAAAUUCCCUGUAAAUCAAAUUGUUUAAAUUCCAUGAUGUUAAGCCUUUUUGUCCUAAGCAGAAGUGUGAUAACAGCUUAACUUGUUAUCACGUAGACAACCAAUCAAACAAUUACAGUUGUGAAAUAAAACUUGUUUCUGUGUAUAUAAUAAGCUGCAGUUACCAAAACUAGGUCAGUCCUAACAUACACCCUAACCGCUUUAUAGCUCGAAUGUAUAAGAAAUAAGGAGAAAUGAAAAAUAAACAAACUAAAUAUUUUGAGGAAAAUAAAAGGCAUGACAAAACACAGUAAUGGAGUUUAAUUCAUAGAAGCUCAAAUUGUGAAAAACACAAAUUCCUGUUUUUGCAUCUAGUAUUUAGAAAUCUAGUAACCUAUAUAUCAUAACAAUUUGUCUUAUAGUUAUUUUACAUUCAUUGUUUUAUUUAACUAUCAUACUAGUGCUCUUGUUUUGUUUUUUAUUCAUGUGUGGAGUUGUACGUGUUGCCUUAAUCUUUAACACAUAAUUAAGAUGUUAACUUGUUUGAAAAUCCUAAUAAAGUUCUAAAUCAUAUUUCACAAAUUA